AAGGAAGGGCAGAAAGAAAAGCGUCCGAUUUACAAAUAGGAUAAAGGAGAGACUGUCGGUAGCCUAACAAACAAAGUCUAACUGCAUCAUCCUAACUGAUGACAGAUUGGAAAGACCAUUCAAGGACAAGCGGCUAUAACACAGUCCUAUAAAACAUUUAUUCAAGACCGCUGCCGUUUGAGUGCAAAGACAGGCCCUGAACCUGGCAGCAUGUAUGAGUGAGGCCAUGACUACAUCCCGCGCCUGCUGACAGCUUCCACGCAAAAGAUGCAAACAGGUGGUCCACCACCACCACCACCCCCUCCUCCUCUUCUUCCUCCUCCUCCUCCACCACCACCACCACCACCACCACCACCACCACCACCACCACCUCCAGCCCCUGGUUGCCCACCACCUCCACAUGGCUUCGGCCUCAAAUCUCGGGGAGAGCACCGGCGCUCCACGCUACGCAAUUUCAACUGGGACACCAUUCCCAAACACCAUGUAGUAGGCAAGCACAACAUCUGGACAGCAGAGAAGGCUUAUGGAGAAUAUGAGCUGGACACUGAUCACAUGGAGGAGCUGUUUAGCCGCAGCCGGCAGGGCCAGGGCCAGCAGCACCAAAAGAGCAGCCGCGGCAGUCUGCGGGGUCUGCCAGCUGCUGCCUCAGCAGGGGAACUGGUUUCCGUUCUCAGUUCCAAGAGGAGUAUGAACAUUGGAAUUUUCCUCAAACAGUUCAAGCGGCCUGUUAAGGACAUGAUCGAAGACAUUGGUUCAGGGUUUGGUCUCAGUUUUGGUACCGGGAAACUGAGGGAGUUGUGCAAGUUGCUGCCAGAUGAAGGAGAGGUGCGGCAGCUGGUCAAUUUCAAGGGCGAUCACUCUGCUGUUCCUGAAGCAGAUCUGUUCAUGCUGAUGCUGGUCAAGAUACCCAGUUAUGAGGAGCGUCUCAACAGCUUAGUGCUCAAAGAAGAGUUUUUCCCCUGUUUGGAUGAAAUGAAAAAAUCCAUUGCUGUUUUGACGACCGCCGGAACAGAGCUGUUAGAGUCUGAUAAUCUCCACUCUGUCAUCCGUCUGGUGCUGAAGACUGGGAAUUACAUGAAUGCCGGUGGCUACGCUGGCAGUGCUGUUGGCUUCCGUAUGGCAUCUCUCUUGAAGUUAGUGGACACCAAAGCAAACAAACCUGGCAUGAAUCUCAUGCAUUAUGUGGUGAUGCAAGCCCAGAAGGUUGAUAUGGCCCUGCUGAAAUUUCCAGAACAACUCAAACACAUUGCUGCUGCAGCAAGAUUAAAUACAGGUGACGUUGAAGCUGAGUUUCAACGAGAGGUAAAGAAAGUACAAGAUGCUAAGGCGGACACCAUGAAACAGGAAGACCUAAAAGCACAGAUGGAGGAUUUUCUAAAGGAUGCUGAGGCCUGCUUGGAAGAAACAGAAAGUGAACUUCAGACAUUACGCUCAGUCAGUGAUUCUGUGGCAGAAUACUUCUGUGAAGACCCCAGCAAAUUCAAACUGGAAGAAUGCUGCUCCAUUUUCCACUCCUUCUGUGAGAAAUUUAUGCGAGCCAUUCAGGAAAACAGAGAUCGAGAAAUGGCAGAGGUGAAACGAAGACAAAGAGACAGACUGCAGAGUGCUACCAAGCGCAGGUCCACAGCCACCUGCUCUUUCAGGGACAAAGAAAUGGAUGGUGUAGCUCUGGAGUCCAUUCUCCAGAACUUCCUAACCAACCGUUCACCCAGGAGGAGGGUGGGAAGGACCUCCCCUAACCAUGGGAGCCCCACUGCGGGAAGCCCCCACAGUGGGAGCCUAUCAGAGAUCAUUUUUCAGGGAAAACUCACUGAAAAUCACAGGAGGGCAAACUCGUUAAGAGCUAAGGAUGUUUGCAAAAAUGAAUGGAAUUCAGCAAUUAACCUGACAGAGAACUCUUCCCAGAAAGAAACCCAAUCCAUGAGCAAGGAAAACAGGGGAACCGAUGUGGUCCCACCUACCACAGAGAUGAAGACACACACAAAAGUGGACUAUAAAGGUUUUACACACCCAACCAGUAGGACCAACAGCAGUUCCUCCUCAGGCAGACCUUUCUCAGGGACCAUUGAGGAUGACAUGGAGGACCUGGGAGACAAUAACGAGGAAGAGGCCCAAAAAUUACGCGAAGCAUCCAAGAAAGUUUUGCACUUUCAAAGAAAUCGAAGCAGUGUGUCCUCGGGGGAUUAUGGUUUCGAGAAUCAGAAAUCACCUGGCGUGACGAAUGCCUCACCUCGCCACCGCACCUUCAACGAGGACAUACAAAGAUACCUUGGAGAGACUAGCAAUGAGGAUUUGGCUGAGUUUGUGUUGAAUACUCAAUUAUCCUCUAAGAGUAACAUUAAUCGGCGCCACACUGUUAGUAUCCCUGCUCAAAGCCCUACGAGUGACGAAGACGCAAAUAAUCCAUGUGCCCUGACCUCAGACAGAACUCGUAGACCUGCAUUAAAAGACAUAGGGAGGAUUGCAUCAGAAGGUGCUGGUCAACACCAGGAGUUUGAUUUUAAUGACGUUUCUGUCAAAUCUAAAAAAUAUGGUGCCCAGGACCAGAGUUCCCCAUCGGCAGAGAAGAAAAGUAAACCAAAUGUUCCCUCUGCUCUUGUUCUUGAUAAAGAGCAUGGGGAGCAAAACCAAGAGGACACAACAAUGGAAGCUGCACAAAACCAUCCUCAGAAAAAAGGGCAGUCCAUAAACCCCAAGAGUCCAUGGCUUAAGACUGAGACCUCUGGAUUUUUUGGCUUUCUCAAACGCCUUGGAGAUAUGGGCAAAUUGCCUGCCAGCAAGGACACUGUCCGCAGGGGUACUGGUUCUCUUGUAUAGGUCUUUGCAUUCAAGUAAUGAAAGAAUUGUAAAUCCAUAUAUGAGGGAAGCACAUACAAAAUUAGUAUUAUUGUUGGUUCAUUUAAUUAACAUUCAUAAAAGCUGUGUGAUGACCUCCAUGAAUGAGAAAUUUACCUAAUUGCCCUUGUGGUUAAGAUGUUGUGUUAUCUUAAUUUAACACUAUUUAAUAUAUAAUGAGGUUUAAUGGUUGUGAAGAAAGUUGAAGAAAGUCUGAAAGUCUGGGUUAUAGAGAUGUGGAGGAGAUAAUGAUGAUGUUGGGUGGAGUAUUUUACAUGUUGUACCACUAGGUGGCAACCUAUCUUUAUAUUGUCUUGUAAGCAAGUAUGUAUAGUCACUAUAAAACUGAUUGACCAUUUUCUCAAUUUAUCUUAGUAUCCCGGUAAGAAUAUGGGUGUUCUGAUCAAUUGGGCAAGUGGAUUACGACUUACAGUGUGUAUCCUUUAGCAAAGUCAACAGUUAUAAUACCCUGCCCUGGAGAGGUUAUGUGCCGAGGUACGUGAAUGACUGAACAUAGAGUGUGAGUGUAAGAUGGCAUUGUAGAAAAAGGAAUGAAUCAAAAGGUUGGUGUUAUUGUUAUUUUUGAUACAUGGAUGAAUUGGUAUUUUUGGCUUCAAACGUAAGAAUAUUAUUUUUCAUUUUUACAGAGACAAAUAUCUUUGUUUUCCAGCUUUUUUUUUUCUUUCUCUGUUGUCACAGAAGCGCAGCAAAAAUGCAGAAGGUUGUGGAUGCUUUCAGGAUCUUGUUCAAUUCAGCCAUUGUAUUGGUCUUAAAUGGGUCAGUGUUACAAAGGCAGCCUGUAUCUCUGCAGAGCUGAGUGAUUGUGGCUCCAUGGCAAAAUGAAGGCUGAUAAUCCCAAAUAAAGUUGAGGAGAGCUUAACGUGGUAAAGAGCCAACACCUGGUGACCUAUUAUAAUGAAAAGUACCAGCAUUUGUCUCUGCUAUGCUGCGUAUGGCACUGCCAGGCAACAACUCCCUGCCUCCCUCAGCCAAACCCUGGGCAUCAGGGAGGCAUUAACUUGUGCCAAUGCAUUUUAGGAGUUAGGUGUGUGACUUAAACUGAUUUGCUCUUUUGAUUUCAGUUUUCUCAGGUUAUAUUGCACCAGUUUAAAUCAUUAACACCACAGAAACAUAGUUUUCACAUAACGCAGGACAUUUCAGCAAUGAAAUUAUUUUUCAUUUUCUUAAAUGUGUGCCCCACUAUCCUGGAGGUAACGAGUUAUAUUACAGUGCUCUGCUCUUGUUUAUCUGUUUUAUCAUGUAAACACUAAAGUAUAAAUAUCUUUAUGUUUCUCUGUGAUGAAGUAGGUAUGGGGUUUGAGAUAUGUAACUGCUGAAAUAAUGAAAACAAAGAAAACUGCCAAUAAAUUGUGAGCUGUCCAAACUUUUUCUGUUCAAAUUAGGUUCCACAAUAUACUAAAUACAAUAUAUAGAAUUAAUCCCCCAACAUUUAUUGCUUAAAACACCAGAGUAGGAUUGUAGUACCAUUUUUCUAUGGCUGAUAUGUCAAGGCAGUUCUUUGUAUGUAACGGCAGUGGCAUUGCAUUUGUAACAAAUGUUUCAUGAUGCAUUAAUAAAUAACACAAUGAUCAUAACUGCUCAUUUACACAGUCUAAUUUGCAUAAAAUAAAUAAAGUGUUGAGGGCCAGGACUUUUAUAAUUUUGUGUUUUGGGUUCACUCCCAGGGUCAUCUGACAAUGGCUGUCCUCUCCAAUUAAACAAUGACACUAAUUGUCAUGCAUUGCUUAAUAGAAACACAAUGUGUCCCCCACAUGUAUUGCUUAUUACUCAUUAUGCAACAAUCAAAUGCCUUGGAGCACAGAAGAGAAAUGCUGAUACCAGCAUGAGCUACAAAAUUGUUUUUAUUCCCCAAAAUGAAUGUCAUAAAAAAGAGAACAAUGAAGGGGCAGUUUAGCAGCUGAUCAUGUAAUGAGUGGUAGAUAAUAGUUUUUAUAAAAUGCAAUAAUAAAAAAAAGUCCCUCUAGGCUGAAAAUGUCAUUAAACCAUUAAUGUUAUGGGUGGC